AUGGAUGUUUUGGAUUCCCUUGAUCUUGACACAAAGGACAAAAAGUCCCUUCGUGUUCGGUCUUGGUACUUGUACGAGCAAUAUAAAUCUCUCGAAAAACACCAACUUGACGCUGCACAGAAGUUAAAGAAUAGAUCGUACCAGGAUAAAAUUCUUCGCCAAGAAUUAUCAGAAAGAAGAGCGAGACGUAAGUUGUGUGACCAGUUCGGACUUUGCCAAAGUGAGUCCAGCAUUCAGAAAACAUUAAGUAAUCAUACCGCACACGCCCCAACGCUUAGUGUGAGUAACGACGAUUUUUUUGAGAGCUUCAGCGAGCAAGACGACGAACACGUCACCAAAGAAACUGAGUUUGACUAUAGUGAAGAGACAACCCAAAUAAAAUCUUCUGUGGAAGAUUUUAAAAGUCUUGAAGAACGGAAUGACAAUGUUAGUAAUUCGGACAGUAUAAAUAGUGUUGUUGAAAAUAUUACAACGGCUAAUAUUGCCGAGAUUAAAUGUAAUAGUGACUGUAGUGCCUAUUCAGAAAACGCAAAUUGCGAAGACGAGAAUUUUGUGAGUACAUUUAAUGAAAGUAAUGAAUAUGAAUACCUAAGUGACAGUCCUAUUACACCAGUAAUCAUAGCACAGGACAUAAAUAAGCAGUUGGAUUCCGUUCGAGAAGAUAUACAACGUUUAGAAGAUAUUACAAAGUUCGAAAUCGAUUCCAGUAGAGACGAUAUUCAAUGUUUGGAGGACAUUACAAAAAUCGAAGAUAAAAGUUCGGAUAAUGUGAGCCAGUGCUCACAAGAUGCAGCCCAUCAUCCGAAAUUUAUUCGCAACAAAGAUAAAGAGAAGGAAAGCUACAAAGAGAUAAUUCCAGUAUGGUCUAAGCUAGUUAAUUACGCAUACCAAAUUGUACAAUUGAACCAUGGUAAUUGCUAUUGUGACUAUAGUUCUCAGUUUUUGACUGCUGUUCUUGCAUGUGACAUACUACGUCGAUGCGUCAAUAGAAUGUGUAAUAUUUUGCAGCCUUACGUCUCACCAAUAAGUUUUGUUACUGACGAUGAUAAAUUUGACUCUUCCAAGUUUGGAAAAACUAAAAAAUUAGUACAAUCAAGAAAAUCUAAGAAAAUAAUUGAAAAUAAGCCUAAACGAAGAGUAAAUCGUCAUAAAAAUUCGUCAAGGCUUUCAUAUAAAAACUAUUCGGAAAAUUGCUGGGACUCUUAUAUAAGACGGGCGUCAUUUGAGAAGCGGUCAAAAUCAAAGUACCGUCGGCGCAACAGUGAACCUUGGCAAAGGGUCGUCAAGAACCCUCACAAAGAAACCUUAUAUACAUCAGGCAGCAGCAUUUGGUCACAAAUUUCUAAAGAUAGUAUGUCUAGAAAUAUGUUUAAAAAUUGCACGUGCUGCAAGAAAGUGGUCAACCCAAUGUUGAAAAUUGCACGAUAUAUAGACAGCAUAUUGAAGGACAUCAAUGAUUUGUAG